AUGAUUGAUCAAAUUAAAAGUCGUAUUAUGCCACGAAUUACUAAAGUUCUUGAUGAUCCAACACCUGAUCCAGAUAAAGUUGACAAAAUGCAGAAUUUGUUAUGUCAUAUAAAAUCUGAAUGUAAUAUGAUGCUUGAUCGUCAAUGGAUUUGUCUACAAUUACCUGAUAUAAAAAGUUUAUCAAUUCCAAUAAAAAUUACAAAAAUGGCUUUAUCAACUCAUUUAGCUACUCAUGAAAAGGAUCUAUUAGAAGAUUUAAGUAUUCUUGUUGAUAUAUGUUGGAUGUCAUCAUUAUCUGUAUUUGUUAUAUUAACAAUUCGUUUUGUAUAUUUAUAUGAUCCAAUAAAGCCAUCACCAAAUCUUCCAAUUGAAAUCGAUGUAAUUCAACCAUUAACUCGAUCACAUGUAUUAGCAUCAAUAUCACCAUUUGAACUUGAUAUUUAUAUAAAUUAUCAUAAAGGUGUACAUAUUGAUCAAUAUCGUUGUUCAUCAACAUCACAAUGGACAUUAGAAAAACGUUAUUCGAAAUCAGAUUGUUGUGAAACAAAAGAUAUUGGAAUUCGUGAUGUUCGUUGUGAUUCACAAUAUAUGUGUUUAUCAAUAAUGCAACAAGAUGAUUUAAAAUAG